UUUUUUUCAGAAAAAAUUUUUUUAAUGUUGCCCUGGUGGCUACCUCUUUUAAUUUGUGUCCCCCUCUUUUCUGUAUUAAUUUCUCUUGCCUUUUCUGGCAACCUUCUCGUUAUCGCAGCAAUAUUUUACGACAGAAAAUUGCGUAGACAACCAGAAAAUUUAUUUUUAGUUUCUUUAGCACUGUCAGACUUGUUUGUUGCUGGAAUGGUUAUGGUUUUAGCGGCAGCAAACGAUUUAAUUGGUUUUUGGCCCUUUGGGGCUGCUUUUUGUCAAUUUUGGAUUUGUUUGGAUAUUGCUUGUAGUACUGCUUCUAUUUUAAAUUUAUGUGCAAUAGCCCUCGAUCGUUUUAUUCACAUUAGCAGACCAAUGCGUUAUGUUAGGUAAACAAUUUUUAUUUUACAAAAAUUUUUUCUGAAUUUUUUUUCUCGUCAUUUUUUCUCACAUUUCUUUUUUUUUAGAAUUAUUCCAAAAUUUUCCUAUUUUUAAAUUUCUUUAUUUGACUUUUAAAAUUAAAAAUUCAUUUUUCUAUUUCCCUCGGGUCCUCUUUAGUAAAUUUCAGAAAAAAUUUUCUCAAAAUAAAACCGUGUGAAAUACACUAAAAAUAAAUACAAAAUUCACCAAAAUAUCUGCCUUAUCCCUGCCUAAAUUUUUUUGUCUGAAAUCGGAAGCCGAAAAUCGGAACUGACUCAAAAGUCGGAAAUCGGAAGGAAAAAACGACGGAAAUCGGAAUUCAGACUCACCUCUGAUCACACCUUCUUCACCUAUGCCCCUCUAACAUAUCCCAGGUCUCCAAUAUAUUCCAAUCUUUUAGAUAUCCCAACAGAAUAUUUGUUUAUUACAAUUAGGGUUGCCGUUUUCGAAUCG